CAAAAAGUGAUAAUGAAACUUGUGUAUAUCCUAUUGAAACAUAAAAAUAAGGAAUAGUUUAGUAUGCAAUGAAAAGCAAAUGCUUAAAAAAAUGAGCCUCAGAUACAACAGUAACAAUGGAAAUUCGAAGUUAAUCUAAUUUAAAUGUUGGGAUGCAUUCACAAUGCUUAAUGAUUGAAUGAUUACAGUGUAAUAUGAUCAAAAUCUUGCAUUAGUAUGUAAAAUAGCUCUACAACAAAAUAUCUCACCUUGCACCAGGCAACAUCACUUCAGUGAGUUGUUGAAUAAGAAGCUACUCUCAUUCAUGGCAUCAACCAUCUUGUACAACAAUCCAUCGGUGUUAAAUGCUAUAGCUAUCUGAUAUUGUCUAUUCUUUAUGGUACAAUGCAAACAAUGCUAUCAAACAAGAAUCUGAGACAAAUUGACAAAAUAUAGUUGCAAUUUGAUUCAUCACCUAUCAGAACAUUUUAAUAUAAACCACUGUCUCUGGAGACAUCAAAAUACUGAAUUAAUACAACAGCCUCAUUGCAAAAAGAUGUUACAAAGCUACUUAAAAUAAACCUUAUCAAAGCAAAACCUUAUCAGCUAGUGGAGCAACUGACCCAUAACUCCAGUGAUCUGGAUUCAAUGCUGACCACUGGCGCUAUCAGCACCAUGUUUUCCCGAUGACUACCUGGGUUUCCUCUGGAGGCUGUGGUUUCAUCCAUGUUCCAAAGACAUACAGGUUGGCAUGUCAGCUGGCCACUGUAAAUUCCACUGUGUGCGCAGAUGAUUGGUGGAACCAGGGGAUAUGUGGUGAUAAUGUGGGAAGAAUAGAAACAGAUGUGGUGUUGGCAUCUGUUAGUCUCGCGAGACCAUGGAUCUGCGCCUGGAAUGGUUUCCAGGGCACAGGCCUGGGCAAGGCUAUAUGGAAGACCGGCAGUUGACCAUGCAGCAAGUCUCCCCUCUCCACAACACAGAUGUUGUCCAAGGGAAGGGUGAGGGCCGAUACAGCUUGGCACCAGUGACGUUUUGCAGGAGUUGCCAGAACGAGGUUGAAGGCAACGUCGGACUGCUUUAGGGACUCCAGCUCCGGAUUUGUCCUCAGGGUUUACUCCCGAAGCCUUUCCCAUGAGUGGGUAUGGCCCCAAGGCAGCGGAGGUUUGAAAUCAGAGUUUUCCCUCUCUUAGAUGGACUGCCUUCCCAGGCUGAUGAGCUUCAUCUACCUGAAGCACUGGUUUUAAGGUGUUAGGAUCCGCCUUCAUCCCUUCUCCUGUCAGUAGAAACCGUUCCACCAGGCUUAGAGGCUAAGCCACAGGAGAAGGCCAGGAGUUGGACUUGGUUCUCAGAGGCUAUUUGAGUCGCAUGCCGUGAGGAGCACUUUUGGGUAGUGGGAGCUUGUCCCCACUACCACCCCUUGGCUUGACAACCUUAAGAACCAGAAAUAGAUGUAAUAAUAGUGUAACUGAUGUUUCAUUGCUGGCACAAACUCCGUGGGCUAUAGGGUUAGUUUCAGUGCUUUCUCUCUUUGCAAAUCUAAAACCUGAACAACCCAUUAGAGAAAUGCGGCAGCUGAUCAACAUGUUAAUUGAGGGACAGAGUUUAAGGAAUAUCUUAAAAAGGAAAAGGUGGAUUGGUGGUAGAGUUUACAGCCUUAACAAUUCAAUUUGAUAAUAAUAAAUUUCAGUGAUGAUAACGUGACCAGAAGAAGAGGAGUAGAUAUAUCCUGGAGGUUUUCAUGAUUGGGGAAGAUACAGAGAGUUAAACUCACAACAGUGAUCCAAUCGAGAGCCAUUAAGCACAGGAGUGAUAGAUAAGCUGGUGAGAGCCGAAGUAUUGGAUGACCUCAAAUUUAUAAAUGCUAGAAGGCAGGCCAUGAUUAUCUUGGAACACUCGUCAAGAAGUAACUGCAGCAUAUCAGAUUUUGUAAAACAUUGAAUGAACAUCUGUCAAGUCUGUGUUAUUAUGUGCGUACAUAAAAAAGAACUGCAGUUCCCAGUGGGCAAUAUGGAUGGUUCAUCCGGAACUGUAUAUGACAUUAUUGAGCUGGUCGCUAGUUGAAGAGUGUUCAGAAUAUGUGCAUCAGCCUUAAACCUAUGCUAAGUUUGUCUCUAUUAAGAACAAACAUAACAUGGUGUCAGAAGUUGGCGUGAGGCCUAAACAUGAAGUGUAAGUGAAUACCAUGAGCAACCGAGAAAAAGACACCAGUUCCGAUAAAAAAACAGCCAUCGAGGCAAGAGAGUACAUUGUGCCCCUAAGUUCACCAAGAAAUUCAGGUGAGAGGCUGAAAAUUCCUGUCAUGGACAAGUUAAGUCCUCCUUCACCUGUGCAGUUUACCGGCAAUCCGACAGAUAACUGGCAAUGCUUCAAACACUGAUUCAAUAUUUAUUUUGUGGCUAACAGAGCAGGAGGGGUUGAUGAAAAAUUGAAAGCGUCUAUUUUUCUACAUGUGAUUGGUGAAGAUGCUUUGGACAUAUGUAAUAGCUUUCAAACUGAUGAGGCCAGCCUAUAUGUUGGGCACUCCAAUGAUGACAUUUGAGGAGUAUUUUGUCCCAAGUGAAAACACCAUGAGUGAGAGAUACAAGGUGUUAGCUUUGACUGAGCUUGAGCUGAGCUUCACUCAUUGAGUAAGUCCUGUGACUCUGGAGAUUUGAGAGCCUCACUAGUUCGAGACAAAAUAGUUUGUGCAGUCCUGGAUAGUGAGCUCAGAGUAAGAUUGCCCUGUGAAAAAGGUUUGACACUGGAAAAGGCUGUGAAAACCACACAAGCACAAGCUAAGGAGCUGCACAGGCUGACACAAAAGUGCAAACUGUGGAAACAGAGGGGCAAAGCACAAGGCAUUUCUGAUUGAUGUCUCACCUGUUGUGUGGGGCAUUCCCUUUGAUUUUCUAACCCCUGCUUAGCAGCAGCACAUCAGGUUUACUGAUGGUUCUGUGAUAUGGAAGAACAGUUAUCAUUGUUGGAAGUCUUCUGCCUUUAAUCCUCUCAUCCAACAAGACUGAAGAAGGAAGUCUGUGAUCUGUCAGUUCAAUAUACAGAGCUUAUAGCAGUGCAUACUGUCAUUAUGCAUGAAACCGAAGAAGUCCAUAUUUUUAUUGAUUCUUGGGCUGCUGUUAAUGAACUUUCUGUCUGGUUGCCCCAGUUGAACUAGCUGUCUAACACUGUUAUGGGCAUCCUUUACAGGGAGUGGAGUUACAAAAGGACACUUGGAGCCAAUCAUCACAUGUUACCAUUACAGUUUACUAUGUUGAUGCCCAUUUGAAAGAUGAUUCACCAAUGACAAGAUUUCUGACAAACACGCUUGUGUUGGCAUGGUGACACCUUGCCUUCAGCCUCAAGCACCAGUAUUGCCAUUUGCUUGGUAGGCCCAUGAGUCUUCUGGUCAUCUGGUGGUACAGGGUAUCAUGGAGUGAUCUAGGCAGAGAGGAUUAUUUCUUUCCACUGAUAUAACUCGUACAGUGAUGGGAAAUUGUGGGCUAUGUUUAGAAAUUAAGGACUGACAACUUUUAAAAUGACCAUUGGUUGCCAUUUGCUCUUGCUCAGGUUUGGCAAAUAGAUUAUGUCGGUCCUUUUCCUUUACAGAAGUGAUUCCAGUACCUUCUCAUUAUGGUGGACACUUAUUCUGGCCUUUUGAUGGCAAUCCCUACUGUUAAAGAUAAUCAGGAUGACAUCCUUCAGGGAUUAGAACAUCUUGUUUCUGCAUAUGAUGAUCUCCUUGAAUUUCAACCUGAUAAUAGUUCGCAGUUUUUGGGUUCCAGGGUACCAGGGUGCGCUGGCUCUAAUGGUGUAUGAAGGGUCUUCCAUGUCCCCUUUUGUCCUCAGGAUGGUGAUGUGAUUGAAUGAAUAAAUGGCCUAUUAAAACAGCAAAUUAAUUUACUUACUUCUGCCCAUACUUUAUCUGAAUAGUUACCUGUCCUUUCCCAUGCUUUGUAAAAUUUGAACAAUGCCCCUUGAAAGGAGGUUCUGCCUUCUUGUUAAUGACAGGACAAUCUAUUACUUUUGUUCCUAGUGGCACAACUGACCACACUGAUAAAGAGUCAAUUCAGUUUUGCAAGGGGUUGGUGGGGUAAAGUAUGGGUGACCUACCCGUCUUCCUCUCCAGUGGAGGGUGAGAUUAUAGCUGACGGACGAGGAAAUACACACUGGGUGAUGGUAUGAGGACAGACCCAUCCUGUGUGUGUGGAUAGGGUUAAAUUGACUAAGAGAGAAUGAAAAUAGUUCUGACUAUGUCUCCCCUUAUAGUUUUUAAAUGUUCCUGUCGGAAUGUUGCUUUGUUCUGUUUAAUGCUUGUCUUGUGUUUAGUUAGAUAUCAGACUUCUUUUGAGACCUGACAGCCAUUGAUAACCUUAUGAUUAGUGAAAAUGAUAUUAUUGUCCCGGGAAGAGUUGUGCAUUAUGUGAUAUGUGCUAAUUCAUACCUUGGCAGGCCUAAGAAUGUAAGGAUGUGUUGUUACUGACCCCAGCAAUGAAGACAUAUUUUAAUGUGAAUGUUGAAGUUAAUCCUUGAAUCUGUAUAAUUUCUCACUUUUUAAUAUAUGUUCAGGUGACUAAAGAGGCUCCUGAAUGAAAAUACUCAAAGGGCUCUGGAGGAUUCAGAUACAUAAUCUGACCAACCUCUGUGAAGAAUGGUUUCAAGGUUGUUUUAAUGAAUGUUAUAUGAUCUGUUUUCACAGAUCCAAUGUCAGAAUAUUGAAACAUAUGAGAUAAUGUCAGAACACAUGGAAGAUAUUGGAAUUCAAGUUCCUUUUGGUGCAGUGGCAGGAACUGAAUAAUCAAAAAAGUGUAAAUACAAGAAAUCUGAAAUAAAUCAGAAAAUGACAAAGGUGCUUUCAUCACAAUUGGAUUAUUUUCGUUUCUCUUCAGUGCUUUGGAUAAAGGGUCCCAGACCUUUACAUUUUCUCUGUUUGUCAUCCCACAUGUCUGAUCUGCUGAAUGUCCUCAGUAUUCUCUGUCAUAUUGAUGCUUAGAGCCUAGGUCUUGGAUCACUGAGUUCCUUAGAUGAGCAAAACUAAAAUAGAUUAUCUUAAUUCUAGGUGCAUCAAUCGGUUGUUCAGGAGGAAACAGUUUUGAAAGGCGCUCUGAAACCUUUGACUGCAAAGCAGUAAUGAAAUGAUUAUUUAAAUUGCAAAAAAGUCAUUGUUCAAGUAUAAUAUUCUGAUAUGUUUGUUUAUUGUUUAAAUGCAAUGUACAUUUUCUUCCUCUCCAGUCUUUCAGAAGAGUUCCAAAUCUGUGGCACAUGUAUUUCCCUCAUCAGAAGAUGUAUUAUUGAUUGAAAGUGAUAGGUUGAAAUCUUAUAGAUUUCAACAAAUUACAAACGUUUGUACUUUAAAUUAAUAUGCCCUGGUUUCUAAAUCAUCUGAAUGUAACUUCCUAGAAAUCUUUGCAUCCUACAUAGAUCUUUGGAGUUCUAUACACCAUGUCCUUUGUAGUACCUUGCACCAUAUUCUCUGGUCUCCCUAACAAAAUACCAUGGCCCAUGAUAGUAUUGCGCAGGGUGCAUCACGUCCUCAAUCCUGGUCCCCCACACAAUAUUACUUGGGGCUCUUCACAGCAUAUAUUUGAAUUACAAAGGCUGCUAUAGCAAGUUCAAUUAAAAAAAUAUUUAAGUAUGGCUUGUAGCUGUCUUCUGUCUUUUCCAACACAGAGAAUGAUAGAUCUGAAAUGACUAUGAACUGAGAUCAGAUAAGAUUUUUUUUGCACAGCAAGUGGUGGGUGCUUUGAAUAUGGUGUCAGGGUGGUAACAGAGAAACACAUGAUAGAAGCAUUUAAGAGGCUCUUAGAUAGGCAUUUGCAUAUCUAGAGAAUGCGUAUGGAAUGGAUAUGGACAUUGUAUAGACAAAAAGGGAUUCAUUAGAUUAGCCAUAUAAUUACUAGUUUAAUUAGUUUGGCACGAUAUCAUGGACUGAAGAGCUUGUUCCUCCCCUGAAUGUUAUAUGUUCCAGGUUCUUUUGUCUAUGUGCUAACAAACACUUCAUAGGAAAUUCAGAAACUGGUGUAAUGAUAACGACACUUAUGAAGCAUAAAAAUAAUGAAAAGAUGCGUAAACCCUACAACUGAUUGAUUGAUAUGAACUGGUCACUGAAAGCUGAGUAUGUCAAUAUUUAAUAUCAUGAUAAAUCUUAAUCAACCUCGGAUAAUAGCUCAUAAAAUCAGUUUAUUUUCGGUGACUAAAGUGUAAAAUCAAUUGCUAAACAUGACUUAUCUACCUGCAAGCACAAGAGCACAGUGCAAAAUUGAUUUCUGUGUAUCUGUCCAUAGAUGCACCUACAGGCAAAUGCCACCAACAUGCAUCAGUUUACAAUGAAAGGGCUCUUACAGUGGAGAAAAACGAGGUGCUGAAAGGUUGCAGUGACACAUUGAAUGGCUCAUUCUUACCAGAGUUGCUGCUGGAGAGUCUACCAGUGGAUCCAGCCAGGAUUCAUUAUUGAUGGACUAGAUGUUUCCAUAUCCAAACAUGGUUCUUUUGUGGUAACCCACAGUACGUAUGAAUAUAAAGAACACAACUUGGUGUCAGAAGUCAGUCUGGAAGAAUAAUAGGUUACCUAACUUGGGAAAAUCGAAGAUAAUUUUCUGAAAAAAGAGUUUGAGCUAUUUUGGUGUUUGCUUAUAGCUUUACAAAAGGAAGGUUUGCAACCUCCACUGACAAUUCAAUUAUCUGGGAACGUAGCUGAGAACUGGAGAAAACUUAAGCAAUGUUUUGAAUUGUAUUUAUCGUCAUCAGAGUGAAUCAAAAACCAGAGAAAGCGAAAGCUGCACUUUUACUCCAUGUAAUAGGUGACAACGCAAUUGAGGUAUAUAAUCAUUUUACUUUUGAAAAUGGAGAUAAUUUAAAUCUAAAAUUGAUAAUGGACAAAUUUGAAUCAUUUUAUAUACUGAAGCGUAAUGUGACGUAUGAGCGAUACAAAUUUUUUACAUUUACGCAGAGAGCUGGUGAAACUAUUGAUCAAUAUGUUACUGAAUUAAGACACCAGAGUAAAACAUGCAAGUUUGGAGAACUGAUAGACUCUCUCAUUAAUGACAGAAUUGUUUGUGGCAUUCUGGAUAAUGGUCUGAGAGAAAGACUCUUAAGAGGACAAGACUUAGAUAUGGAAAAAGCUUUGAUGCUCUGCAAAGCUUCGGAAAUCGUGGCGUUGCAGGCUAAAGAACUUUUCAUUGAGAACUGCAAGGUAGACACUGUGAGAAAGUGCAAACAUAUUAGAAAAAAUAAUAAAACAACAACAAAAACGACAGAGAGCAAGACGUCAUCUGAGAGAAAAAAGCUGUGUGAUUGCCUGUGGACAGCAGCAUUGACCAAAACUGGGUCUGGCGUAUGGAAAAAUUGGCAACAACUGUGCUUUAUCAACUGUGCAUUUCACAUUGAGCCUCAAACCUGGAAUCCCAACAAUCCCUGCCACGAUGCCUGGCCCUUGAGCAUCUUAUACACAGUGUGGGUACCGCAAGAAUACAUAAAAGCUCUGAGUGCGGCACAGGUACAGACAGAACAGAAUAACAACAGACAAAGGAUACCAAGAGAAACGUACCUGUUUAAUGUGGCAGCUGAGACUACGUCAAACCUGCAGCUUGGCUCAUGCAAUUGCCGAGCUGCAACUUCGAUGUUCAACCCAGCUCAGAUGGAAAGCAUGAAAGGAGCUGACCAAUUUCAAACCCGGGACCACUCACUUCAAAGUCCAGUGCAGAUGCCACUACAUGACCAUGUGUCGGGAGAUGGGAUUUGUUCUAUUUUCUUUGACCUAGCGAGACCUCAUGUAAGCUCGUGGAUGAAAUAAAAGUGGAGGGCUAUGUGGGAAGGAAGCAUUAGAUUGAUCUUGGUUGGCACAACAUCGUGGGCCAAAGAGCCUGUACUGUUCUAUGUUCUUAUGUUCUUAUACUGACGAAAGAACCAAAUCCUGGGAACACCACUCUGGGUACUGAUCUCUUUGAUCAAACCCUUCCACUUCUAGCUUCAUUUUAGCUCUUGGUGAUUUAUAUGGGAGCACUUGAAUUGAAGAAACACAGACAUGUCAACAUUUAGUGGUAGUUAAUUUCAGUUGGGGUGUAAACUCCUUAUAUUAACCAGGGCUAGGGGAUGAACAUCUUGAUUGGUACCACAAAACAGCACAUAAUCAUAAUCAAGUUCAUGCAUUUAUAAUGUGGACUAAUAGCUUGGUAACAUCAUUGCCUGUACUUUCCUACACAGUUUGUUUUCAUGCUCAGAUUAAACUCCAAACUAAGGAAAUAACAUUUCAAUCAAUUCCAUUCCUUAUGUAAUGCCCUGGUUAAGAUUUCUACUGCUAUGCUGUAAGGUAGUUUAUAUUAGCAGCUUUCUGUAAAAGCAGUGUGCCACGCUGGAAAGUGUUUUGGCUUUCGCUCAGAUAGCUAUGUUGUCCAAUUUAGGAAUAUGUGUCAGCCAUUCAGGAUUGUGGGAUAUGAGAGAAGGUUCAAGAGCGCUAUUGGCGGGGAGUUUUUUGAAGGAUAGUAGUCUGGUUUAGAGUUUUUUGGAGCAAGCUGCAGAGUGGGGCUCAAGGGAAGAUGCCAGAGAAUGACUUUGGAAGGAGAAUCCCCAUUGCAAGAAGUGUUUUGUGCAGAUGAAGGGCUCCAAGGAGGAAGGCUAAUACUCCUGAGAGAGAGCCAGUUUGUUCGAGGUGGUCUUCGAGGGGAGUUCAGAAUGAGGUGGGUGCUUUCAUGCAGACCUUGGGUCCAGAGUGUGAAUAAUGAGAUAUGACAUUGGACUGGUUUAAUUGUACUGGGCACUUAUAUUUUUUUCUUUAACUGUUUAUUGAAGUUGAACAUUUGGUAAAUGUACUUUCUUUAUACAGGCAGUCCCCAGGUUACGAACGAGUUCUGUUCCUGAGUCUGUCUUUAAGUCGGAUUUGUACAUAAGUCCGAACAAGUACAUCCAGUAUUAUUUAGCGUCAGUUAGUCAAAUGUUUGUCUUAGUAUAUAGUAUAUAUUUUACUUUUCUAUGCAUAUAAAACACUUAAGAAAUGUAUGUAUUUCAAUAAUUAAACCACUGUGUUGCUUAGUAAUAAUUGUAGCUUUCAUCAGGGCAGGGCCUUUCAUAUGCUCCAUAAUUCUCACUUUAUCCUUUAAAAUUGUUCCAAUCGUUGACCAACUGUCGCCUAACGCUUUUCUAAUGACCGAUGAUGUUUCACCUCUUUCCAAACGCUUUAUUAUUUCCACUUUAUUUUCAAUUGUGAUCGCUUCCCAUCGACAGAACAGAAACACUGUGGGUGGCAGGUCCCAAGCUCUGCUGGCUCCCAAGGUCCGCCGGGUCCUAAGGACCACUGCACUAAAUUCCCCGGGUCCUGAAGUCCACUGCACUGAGACAGGUUAAAUGGGACAAGUGGGGGCUGUGCUGGGUUUUUGAUCCUCCACAAUAUUCCGCGUGGGAAUUUAAAUUAGAGGUGGCAGUGUUUUUUAUUACGAGGUCGAGUUGCGAGCUCGACAUCAACCUGGCAUGGAUGGUACGGGAGUCACUGGAUUGAACUCGGGAACCUCCAUUCUCGAGCCCAUUGCUGAUCUCACUGUGCCACCAGCCACUGGAACUGGGGGGGGGGGGGGGGGGGAGGGGUGGUGCGGGGUCAGGGUGAAUCUUGCUAAGAAAAAGUUAACCCAAAUACAAAGUUACACACUCAACACAGUGUCAACGGCAACGACUUAAAAUGGCGGACAGUGUUGCGAUCCGACUUUAAAUGGCGGACGGCGUUCUCUUUCCUCGGUUCGUAAGUACGAGUUGUCUGUAAGUCAGAUGUUUGUAACUUGGGGAUUACCUGUAAUUUCAUGCUGGGAUACGAUCUGUCAUUUCUGGGCUGCUGAUAACUGUGUGUGGGCAGUAUUUACACAGCAUUCACUCAGACUGAGGUUCCUUUAAUCGGAAUGUCACGACGUUCCUGUUUGGUUUAACCCCAAAUUGUACCAACCCUAGACGUAUAUUGUUUAUGAAAGGUGGCCUUCUCACCACUGAGUCACAUGGCUGUUAGCAGAGUUAGCCUACGAGCCCCUCCACCCCCCCCCCUGUGAGAGUUUAUUACAUUUGUAAUAAACUUGUUUUUGACCAAUGCUGGUCAAGGAUGCUUAAAUUCCUUUCAGACAUCAGUACUUGUGAAGGGCAUUCUUUCAAAUAUUUUUCUUCUCUGUAACCAACACUCAUCCUAUGAUGAGGGUCUUCUUGUGGAUAAUCCAAGAUCUUUCUUCAGUUAAGGGCUGCAUGAAAAACCAUUCUAUUUACCUUUGUCAAACAUUCAGCACCUUAGUUCUUGGUUUCAUUCCUUUCUGUUCCAAAUUCUUUGCCCUAAUUAAUUCAGGGUGUGCAUAAUCACAAUAUUUCAUUAGGACAAAGAUAUCCCUAAACGUUAUUAUUUCACAAACAGAACAUCAGUUUUUACUUAUUCAAAAUUGCACCUCUCCACCAAAGUUUUAUUCCUACCUUAUUUCCACAGUCACCUCAUAGUUUCCAUAAGUUUCACCGAUUGAACUUCCACAACACACCAGCUGCCUGUAUCAACCUUGACUCAUUAGUUAUCUACCUGUACAAUGUACUGUGUAUGUUAAUCAAAAUGGCUUCUUUGUUUUGUUAAGAGUAGGAAUGCUUCUUUGUAUGAUAAGUGCUUUCUCUCGCAGUUGUUUAGCUUUAGACUUGCUGAUAUCGGCAUUGUAUUCAUUUGUUGACCAAUGGGGAAUGUUAUUUUGUCUUGUGGGGCUGGGAGCUUGGGGGUUUUCACGGUCUUUUCAGGGAGGUCAGGAAGAAGAUGCCGAAGAACGGUGGACGUGCCUCGCACUGCUCAGUCGACCACCAGGGUGGUCCCAGGUGCAAAGACGUGGAGAUCGGAGGGAAGUGACGAGGGGUCGAAUGGUUCGAUGAUUGAGCUCCAACAAUGUGAACUAAACUGAUUGAACUUUGAUAAGUUGGAGCCUUUUACUUUAUUUUCUUUUCCUUCAUAUAUAUUGUAUUGCAUCGUACUCUUUUAGUUUUAGUAACAUCUUAAAGUGUAUUCCAUAACAGUAUCUGGUGUGAGUUUGAUGUGGUGUGUGUGCACGCGGCAUAAACUUGAUUCUCACAGCACUUGUGUGUACGGGAGGUGGGGUUGGUGAGUGGCUGGAUCUCCUUUUCCCUUAGACAUAUACCAGCCUGUUGGGUAAGUGUUACAUUUGUGGGGGCUCGUUCUGGACAUACUACUUACCUAGUAAGUUCGUAGUUUGCUUCUUCAUUUAAUUGGCUUUAUCUUUCCCUCUACAUUCAGUGUAAUUUACUUCCAGGGUAGAGGAGUCCAAAAUUAGAGGGUAAGGGUUAAGCUAAAAAGGGAAAAGUUUAAAAGGGACCUGAGGUGUAACUUCCUCCACACAGAGGAUGGUGGGUAUAUGGAACAAGCUGCCAGAGGAGGUAGUAUAGGUAGGUACAAUCACAACAUCUAAAAGACAUUUGGACAGGUACUUAGACAGAAAAGGUGUGGAGCAAUAAAGGUCAAACACAAAAUGUGUCAAACAGACAAAUGGGACUAUUCUCAGUUAGGCAAAUUGGUCAGCACAGUUAAGAUGGGCCAAAGAGCCUGUUUUCAUUCUGUAUAGGCCUAUGACUAUCUAUCCUGACACUGCAGUACACAAGUGCUUCACCUUGCCAUCUCUCCAUUUUUUCUUUUCCGCUAUGCAUCUUGUAAUGUGUUCAGUGGUCAGAGUUCAGAGUCUUCUGUGGUCUUGGUGCUCACCAGUAAAACCCUUCUCUAAAUAGCCCAUCUUUGCUCACUCUCUCCAUAUCCCCAAAAGCCUAUUCAAAAUCACAUCUUCAGUCACAUCUACUAAACCUUAUCACAUUACUUGAACACCUGGCUUUCUUCACAGAAAACACUUGAUAAUUUAAUAUUUCAUGGGUGUGACGUAAAUACUGAUUGAAUGUUAGAAACUUGUAAACAACUACAUUGAAAACACAUCAUAUGACCUAUAUUUACAUAGAAAUCCCUUUCCAGAUGUAUUGAGAGAUGGCAGUGGUUGUUUUCUGAAGCCAUAAAAACAUCUUUCUUUCCCUCUGUUUUGGUCCUCUUUGCCAGAGCAUAUAAUAACAAUAGUGAUCUCAUGCUCACUGUUACAAUACUUGAAAUUAGUAGCAACUUGUGGACCUUGUAGAAGUCUAGAAGUUGCUGUCAGUGACAUCUUGCUCCAUACAUUGUUAUAGUUUCUAAAGGCACCAGUGAAUUAGGAUAAGAAACCUUCUUUUCUGAAUGUUAUAAACAUUGACAAUUUUGCCAUUAUAGUUUCAAUAGAACACCAAGCCACAAUUAUAUUUUAACAAUCACUUUAGAAUUUAAACUAGAUGUAAUAUUCCAAGUCAAAUUCAUCAGUAUAAAUACUUGAAAAUUGCAAGAUUUUAUUUCCUGCUUUAAAAUUUAAACUACUUCUCCUUUAAACAUAACCUCCUUUAGAUGUUCCAAGUGAUACUUUUACUGCCUGGUUUGAUGCCUGACAAUUCUUCCUUGUGAUUGGCUGCUCAGUUUGUUAAUUACGUCAAUUUUAAUGAACAAUUUUAGUGACUGGCAGAAGGCACAGAGUGGGAAUAAAGGGGGCAUUUUCUGGCUGGCUGUCAGUGACUAAAGGGUCAGUACCAUUUCUUUUCACGAUAUAUGUCAAUGAUUUGGCUGAAGGAAUUGAUGGCUUUGUGGGCAAGUUGGCGGAUAAUAUGAAGAUAGAUGGAGGGGCAGGUAGUGUUGAUGAAGCACAGGAUCUGCAGAAGCACCUAAACAGAUUGCGGGAAUGGGCAAAGAUGUGGCAGAUCAAAUAUAGUGCAAGGAAGUGCAUGGUCAUGCACCUUGGCAGAAGAAAUAAAGGCAUGAACUAGUUACUAAUUGGAGAGAAAAAUUUAAAAAGAGGUGCAAAGGGACUUGGGCAUCCUCGUGCUGGAUUCCCUAAAGGUUAACAUGCAGGUUGAGUCAUUAGCAGGGAAGGCAAAUGAGCAAUGUUAACAUUAAUUUCAAGAGGACCAGAAUACGAAAUCAAAGAUGCAAUACUGAGGCUUUAUAAGGCAUUGGUCAGACUGCACUUGGAGUAUUGUGAGUAGUUUUGGGUCCCUUAUUUAGGGAAAGUUGUGCUGACAUUCGAAGGGAUCCAGAGGAGGUUCACAAGAAUAAUCCCAGGAAUGAAACGGUUAACAUAUGAGGAUUGUUUGAUGACUCUGUUUAGAAGAAAGAGGGAGAUCUCAUUAAAACUAUCAAAUAUCAAAAGGCUUAGAUCAAGUUGAUAUGGAGAGGAUGUUUCCUGUAGUGGGAGAGUAUAGGACCAGUGGCCACAGCACCAGAAUUGAGGGAUGUCAAUUUUAAACAGAGAUGAGGAAAAAUUUCUUUUGCCAGAGAGUGAUGCAUUUGUGGAAUUUAUUGCCACAGACAGCUGUGGAGGUCUAAUCUUUGAAUAUAUUUACAGCAGAGGUUGAUAGGUUCUUCAUUAGUCAGGGUGUCAAAGAUUACAGGGAUAAAGAAGGAGAAAGGGGUUGAGAGGGAUAAUAAAUCAGUCAUGAUGGAAUGACGGAGCAGACUCGAUGGCCCAGCUGGUCUAAUUCUGUCCCUAUGUAUUUUGGUCUAUUAACACCAGAGACACCAAGCAAAGCAGAAGGCAAUGCCAUAGUGCUCAGGAUUCCUAGAAACUGAUGACACAUGCUGUUGCUUUCCUGAUGGCCACAAAAUCCUGGCUUUUCUGUCAAGAAUGAAGUUACUUGGUCUCACAUCAAGCAAAUUAAACCUCACCACUGCAGCUUAGUUGUUUUAAGUACUGAUGAGCUUUCAAGUCCUCAAGGCAGCAACCUUCAUACUUGAGGUAGAGACCCUGACCUACUGAUUUUUUACAUAUCCCUUGAAUCUCACUUGCAAUUCACCUGCCUGUUUAAACUCUUCCUAUAUUCUAAGCCCAAAGCAUUCAGCUCUUCCUCACCUCAUGAGGUAUAGAGGCAGGAUGGAGUUUGUGAUCCCUAUAACCAUUUACCGGAUUAAUAUCCAGGUGUUAGAUUAAGGGGGGGUACUUAUGUGAUAGUCCACUGCAGAUGUAUACCAGGACCAUGCACCCAUUCAGAAUGAUCAGGAUUGCAUUAGAAAGUGAAAUGCUUGGAGAUUAACUGGGGCAAUCAAUUCACCAAGUACAGAGGAGACAGUGAAAAGGCAACAGAUGUGAAAAGGAAAAGGAAGCCAACAUUUUUUCCAGAAAUAAAGUGGCCAGGUUCUGAAUGAACAUGCAUCUCAACAAUGUGAGAAUAUUAUUACCUGAAAUUAACCACUGAGCCAUUCUUGCCUACACUAAGCAAAUUAUAUUUCUGGUGGAGUGUCCCUCAAUAACUUUUUGUCCAGAUACCAGGACUUGUAUCCUUCUUGAAAGGAUACGGAAAACCACAUGAAAAUAGUUAUAAUCUAUGUAUAUCCAAUUGUAAUUUUAAGAAUUACAUUGACUAUCAUUGGGUCUUGGGAUACAAUGCUAAAAUAUUAUUUUCCUGGAUGCAAUAAAACAUUGAAAGUUGAUUCUCAUUUUCUGCAACCUUAAUCAGAAGGGCGCACUUUAGAGAUGGGAAUGAGAGAUUAUUUUUACAUAGUAUCAUCAAUUUUCCUUGAAUACAGUGUUAAAAAUGUAGCUCAAUAAGAAAUACAUGCGCUCUUCCCUGGGGCACUAUGUUAUAUAUUGUUAUCACAAAAAGGGAUGUGGAGGAGUGGUAGGGGUAUUGGGGCAGGGGGUGCGUGGAAGCAGAGGCGUGCAUAAACACUACAGUGUUUGCUGUAGCAGUUUAGAGCAAAAAUCAAAUACAACCCUGUCUGGCUUGCAGCUGCAACGAUGGUCCGUUCUGUUCAUAAUCAUGUUCAUAGUUAUUUGAGAGUGUGUAAUUAGGAUUUCUCAAUUCAGCAAUUCAUCCAUCAUGCCUAAACUCAUUAGAAUGCUCCUCAGCCUCUCAAUGACGUCCUCAGUGAUUCCAUUUUUACUGUGAAACAGUGAUUGAAAAUGGAAAGCUAGAAUUGCAGGAUUCAUGUAUUAAAUUGAGUAAGUCCAAACAGAGUGCAUGUUCAUCUAUUACAUUCAGGCUCGAGGGUCUUCAUUUAUAUCAUUGCUAAAAUAUUUAAUGUCAAAAGCAUUGUGAUUCAACUUCUUCUAUACUAAUAUUAGAUUGUCUGAGACAGAAAUUUUCAGCAUUUAUCUCUGAUUGAGAAACAUGGAGCCGGAAUUAUCUGCAAAUCAUGCCUUGAGUCUCAUGGCCUCAUGUAAAUAGAGAUGAAAAAUCUAGCCCAAUUCAACAGGUGAAUUCUCCCAGCAUAAAUACUGGAAAAAUGCCACAUGCUCAUCCUUCACGGAGUCCAAUAUUUAAUCACAGUCAAGGAAAGUGUAAGGAUGAUUUGUUAGUUUGGGACUUCCAUAUUCAUGUCUCUAGUCAGGGGAAACACAAAGUCAGUGGCAAUUUAACAGAGACGUGCUGAUAAUUUCAUGCAACACCUAUGCCAAAUUAUUGCAGCAAUAAAGAUGCUUGUUUCAGAUCUAUUUUAGGUCACAAUGAUUGGGUGAAAUUUAUUUUAUUCACCAUGUUCUGCAAUUCCUCAAUUUCCCUGCAAAAUUCCUUUUGGAAACGUCUUGGUUUACAUCUGGAGUAGACUAUCACAUAAAUUCCUACUUCAAUCUAACAACUGCAUGUUGAAAAAUAUAGAUCAGGUAAAUGAUAAUGGGGAUCAUCUUGGGCCCUUGUCUCAAAGGGUAAGAAAUAAUGAAGGCAUAGAAAAUAGGAAGAGUUUGAAGGGGAUGGAUUGCAAGAGAUUUAAGGGUUAGGUAAGACACAAUUCAGUCACAUUGGUAUGGUCCAAUUGGAUUUCUGUACUGCAAUGGCUUUUAGCUGUAUAUUAAUUUGCCAGUCUCCCACAUUUACUGCAAUAAGUAGAUUAUUCCCCUUCACUGCAGAGCUACUAUACCUUUAUAAUGUAUUAUAAAAACAAAACUUUACUUAUAAAAUAGAAGAUAAUCUUAAAGGUAAUUUAUUGAGAUAGUUAUCAUCUUCAAUGUUACAAAGUUUUUUCCUUGAUUAAUAAUUACUUUAGGGUUCAACUUUCUUUUCUCAGUGAGUUCAACCUAUUAACAGAUACCAUUUAAUAUUGCAAACUCUCAGAGAAGAACCUCCGUGGAAGUUCUGGGUGCUAAUUUGUAACAUAAUGCUGAUAUUAGAAAACUAUUUAAUUAAUUGACAGCCAUUGCAUUUAAGUAUUCAUUCAUCAUAGUCAGAGGCAUUAUGUAAGAGAAUGCGAAUGGUAAGAAAGUGAACAGCAGAUUUGGAAAGAAAAAUCUUUUUCAGUAAUUAAAUGUUCUUCAAUCUUUUGCCAAAUAAACAUAGUCUGCCAGAAACCCUGAGAUUUCUAAUGUCCUUAAGGCCAUAAGCUUCCAUCUUCCUUUGUGCUAAUUAUUUGCAUUGUUGUCACUGUAUUGUUUUAUGUACAUAGUAGCACCAAGGCCCAGGUAUAAUGGUGUAGGUUUUGCUGACCAUGAAGUUCUAAACUCAAAUGAAGAUGUUAAGCCUUAUCAGCUUAUAGAUAUAACCUUACUAAAGGGAAGUAAGACUGUAACUAUCUUUUCCAAAGACCAGUUUACUUGCCUGUUUGAGAAGAAAAAGCAUUUCAGGAUGUAUGUUGUAUACAUUUCUCUGACAUUAAAUUGGACCUUUGAACCUUUGUGUAUCCUCCACUGUGAGUUUAGCUGCCAGUGACCACAAUUUGAGCGAUGGGUAACCCUCCCUCCCAAGGAGGAGAUACUUCUAGCUAACAAAGUAGUUUUAAAAACCUUUCAUUUGUUUUUAGUGUUGCAUGUUUAAAUUUAGGUAAAAUCCUUAAAACACAUUUAAUUUCCAAAACACAGGUACAAUUCCUAUAAGCUAAAAAAUAUACCAACGAGUUGUCUGUCGCGGAAAUCCAAGGCAGAGGAAUAGGUUCUCGUUCACCCUGCCUUUCUGUAUUUUUUAAAGGCUCCUUUAAGCCCUAAUAGGGCUUAAGAUUUUCCUAACAAGCCUGACUGCUCUCUUACAUUUAUACUGCUUUUUCUCUGCCACUUGGGUGAAUUCACUUGCAUGUGAUUUCUUUUAACAUACUUUUUCAUGCAGAUGGUUUAAAAGCUUCAGUGGAUAGAGUUCCCAGAUACCCUAAAUUAAUGCUGCUAAUGCUGAACCUCUGAGUACACAAAUCUUCCUACUAUUGAUAGAUUGCUAUUUGACGUGCGAAUUGAUAGCAUCAAACUGGUCUGCAAGCUUCCCAGAACUAAAUAACUUAAGCAGUAUUGUUGAAGUAAGCCCAAUUACAUAACCCAUUGUUUUACACUGCAAUCAACUGUGUGCUGUAAACCAGCAGUCUAUGCUCUAUAGACAGUGCCGUUUGUUUUGCAAAGCUGUCCUUUUAACUUCAAACUGGUUAUUGUUUUUCAUUUAUAUUAAGAACAGAAGAUUGGUUUUCACUUAUGACAAGGGGCUGAACAAAGAAUAUUGGUGGAAGUUUAACUUACAUAAAAACUCUUUGAUCUCUAGAAGUGUUAGCUGCUAUGUUUGAAAUCUAAGCUUGGUGCAAAGGACCUCAACCCUGGUCAGUGAUUACCCAUCAGAGGCAUCCAAGAUGCUGAAGAAUAAAUGGUGUUCCAUGCAGAUACCAAACACAAGUGAGUGCACCAUGAAAAUAAGUUUAAAUAGAAUUGGAAAACCCAUUGUGGAAAAAAUGCAUCAAUUAUCAUGUCUAAUGUCUUCCACAAAUGAAUAAUACAGUAUAUUUUGAACAGAUGGUAGCAUUUUGUGAGUUUAUCUUAAUACUGAAGGGAUUGAUGCUUGCCCUGCAGGUAUAUUUCUGAAAUAUCUCUGAUCUCUAAUAUCACAGUCCAUUCUUUUCAAUCAUCCAGGUCUAGUUUGUAGUGUUUAAUUCAAUGAUCAGGAGCUACAUGAAUGAAAUAUUUUCUAUAAAAUCUUGCAAUGACAGUCAAAGGGAGGUGAAGAAAUUAGUUCUUCCCCAACCAUUGAUACAACUUGAGAUAGAAGAGAUGGAGAAAGGCUGACAAAUAAAUAAUUUAAUGAAGCAUUUGGGCUCUGAAGUUUCAGCAGAUCACAGUGAAACUUGCUUCUUUUAAUGCUGGCCAAACAUCUGCAACUUAAAACCAUAAAGUAUUUAUUGAUUUUGGUUCAGUAAAUUUUCAAUGGAUUAGGCAGUGGCAAAUUAUGGUGUACAUCAUAUCUGUACAUAGUACCAGACCACCAGUGCAGGAUUCCAUGGGUCACUGACUGGCUACCCAUUUUAGGCCAUAACCCAAUGACAAAAUGGCUGCCUAAUAGUACUAAACAAAACAACAUUUUCAUCAGCAGUAUCAUUGCAUUUCUUUGGAUUGAAUCCAAUUCAUUAUUGACAGUUCAGAACGUCCAUGAAAGAGUAUCAUUAUUUUUAGAAAAUCCCCCCCCCCCAACUCUACUCAUGCAGAAGAAUUUGAAAAUCACCAGAACUAAUAAUGCAGAUUCCUGAAAGGUUUAAUUUCAAAAUUAAUUCACUGCUUCAUGCAAGAUAAAAUGCUGCCUCACAGAAACCCAUAUCUUACUAAAGCCAAAAGCAAUCUUCUCUAUUGAGAAUAUUACAUAUUUCUACUUUUUGCAUAAUAACUCUACUUUUUCCCCUGAUAGUACAUUAAUAUUCUGAAAGGUUAGUAAAUCUUUUUUUAAGCAAAUGUGUCUAUUUCAAAUGUAAUGAGCACUGGCACUUAAACAAAAUGAGCUAAAUUACCCCAGAUGACAUGGAAUGAAAAGCUAUGGGGCUGAACUAAUAAAAUAUUAAACAUUUAAUUGUCAGCUACUGUAUCCUUUCAGGCACAGACAACUUGUAUGAAUAACGUCCAGGAAAAGGAGGAGCAAAAUUUGAAAGAGCAAAGUUGCAGAAAAAUCUGCUUUUGUACAGUUUCUCCAACCUUGCACUUUCAUUGCCAGAGAAUGCGUCUUUUGCUCAAUGGUCAGAUAAAUUUGCCAGUCAUUAAUUUCCAGCUGCCAAUUUUCAAAACCAUUGUGCAUCUCUGAUGUAAUUUUGUUUUUGGUUGAAUGCUUUAGUCACUAGUAAAGUGCUAUUUGCUGUGUUGAAAGAUUAGAAAUAAAUUGCAAUUAUUUAAAGGAUUAAAAAGUGACUUGAGUUAUCUGAUUAAAAUAAUGCAAGAGCAGUAAUCGUGGUCUAAAUUGUACUUGAGCACCUGUCAGUAUCAAGUUAGUCCUAAAGUACAAGUUCCUGCUGCAGCCAGAGAGCUCGAAGUGUUGUCACGACAUUGCAACCACAGCUUUCCUAUGGCUCAUCUCUCUUGGGGAACAGAACCUGA